AUGGGAGAACAAAUUGAAAUGCAAGAAACAAAACAGAAAGAAAUCCAAGAAGCGGAAGCCCCUGAGUUGCCUGCUCCGCAACCAGCAGUGGAACAAGCAUGUGGAGGGGAUGACGCCAUAUCUCCUUCAGGUUCUGUUCAGUUAAUUGCUCAGCUUCAACAGAUGCAACUCGAUGCAAGCAAAGUCAAUGACAAGACCGACCUAACACUUGAGUUGAAGAAAAUUGCUUUAGACAAAGGCUUCAGAAUUGUUGACAAUGAAGGAUCAGGAAACUGCAUGUUCUUUGCUUUGUCAGAUCAACUGGAAAUUACUAUGGGAAUCAAAAUCAAACACGACGAAUUAAGACAAAUAUUGGUCCAGUACCUCAGAAAAAACCCUCAACUACCGGGUGAAACAAAUAUGUUUCACUUCGUCCAUGGACAUCAAUCGUGGGCUGAUUACUUAACGUACAUGGAGCAAGAUGGCGCUUGGGGUGACCAUGUUGUUCUAUGUGCCGCAGCAAACUGCUACAAAACUUGCAUUCAUGUGGUCAGCAGUCUUUCCGCUGCUCACGACGUUAUCUUAAGGCCACAAUGUCCUGUUGACAAAAGCAGGACACUUGCCUUGGGACACAUCCAUGAAGUACAUUUUGUCAGCCUUCAUUGUACACAAGGUCAAGAAGAAGAAAAAAAUCCUGAGACUGAAGAGCCAACUGAUGAAGGUAAAUCUGAGGAGCAAGCGGAGAGCGAAGGGAUACCAGAGCCAAGUUGCAAAG